GCCCCUACCAGCGAGAGCAGCUUCCGGCGUCGCUCGUGUAGGUGGGUGAAGAAGGAGCGGGCCCUCGGCGCUGUGUCUCACUGUCUCGCGCUCUCUCGGGCAACAUGGCGGGUGUGGAGGAGGCAGCGUCCUCCGGGAGCCACCUGAAUGGCGACCUGGAUCCAGACGACAGAGAAGAGGGCGCUGCCUCUACGGCUGAGGAGGCAGCCAAGAAAAAAAGACGGAAGAAGAAGAAGAGUAAAGGGGCUGCCACAGCAGGGCAACAGGAACCUGAUAAAGAAUUGGGAGCCUCAGUUGAUGAAGUAGCAAGACAAUUGGAAAAACAAGCAUUGGAAGAGAAAGAAAGAGAUGAUGAUGAUGAAGAUGGAGAUGGGGAUGGAGAUGGAGCAGCUGGAAAGAAGAAGAAAAAGAAGAAGAAGAAGAGAGGACCAAAAGUUCAAACAGACCCUCCCUCAGUUCCAAUAUGUGACCUGUAUCCUAAUGGUGUAUUUCCUAAAGGACAAGAAUGCGAGUACCCACCCACACAAGAUGGGCGAACAGCUGCUUGGAGAACUACAAGUGAGGAAAAGAAAGCAUUAGAUCAAGCUAGUGAAGAGAUUUGGAAUGAUUUUCGAGAAGCUGCAGAAGCACAUCGACAAGUUAGAAAAUAUGUGAUGAGCUGGAUCAAGCCUGGGAUGACAAUGAUAGAAAUCUGUGAAAAGUUGGAGGACUGUUCACGAAAGCUUAUUAAAGAGAAUGGAUUAAAUGCAGGCCUGGCAUUUCCUACUGGGUGUUCUCUUAAUAACUGUGCUGCCCAUUAUACUCCAAAUGCUGGUGACACAACAGUAUUACAGUAUGAUGACAUCUGUAAGAUUGACUUUGGAACACACAUAAGCGGUAGGAUUAUUGACUGUGCUUUUACUGUUACUUUUAAUCCCAAAUAUGAUACAUUAUUAAAAGCUGUAAAAGAUGCCACUAACACUGGAAUAAAGUGUGCUGGAAUUGAUGUCCGUCUGUGUGAUGUUGGUGAGGCCAUUCAAGAAGUUAUGGAAUCCUAUGAGGUUGAAAUAGAUGGGAAAACAUACCAAGUGAAACCAAUUCGUAACCUAAAUGGACAUUCAAUUGGGCCAUAUAGAAUACAUGCUGGGAAAACAGUGCCCAUCGUGAAAGGAGGAGAGGCUACAAGAAUGGAGGAAGGAGAAGUGUAUGCCAUUGAAACCUUUGGAAGCACAGGAAAAGGUGUUGUUCAUGAUGAUAUGGAAUGUUCACAUUAUAUGAAAAAUUUUGAUGUUGGACAUGUGCCAAUUAGGCUUCCAAGAACAAAACACUUAUUAAAUGUCAUCAAUGAAAACUUUGGCACCCUUGCCUUCUGCCGCAGAUGGCUGGAUCGCUUGGGAGAAAGUAAAUACUUGAUGGCUCUGAAGAAUCUGUGUGACUUGGGCAUUGUAGAUCCAUAUCCACCAUUAUGUGACAUUAAAGGAUCAUAUACAGCACAGUUUGAACAUACCAUACUGUUGCGUCCAACGUGUAAAGAAGUUGUCAGCAGAGGAGAUGACUAUUAAACUUAGUCCAAAGCCGCCUCAACAUCUUUUAUUUUCUAAGCUUUGUUGGAAUACAUAUACCAGAAUUAAUUUGCAACAUGUUGUUUAACAGUGGAC